CUUUCCCUCGGCCUUCUUCCAAUUGCGGCUGCAGUGGCGGCGGCUGGAGCCCUUCAGGAGAGGCUUCUUCCAGUUCUUCGAGGGAAGCCACCCGGGUCUCGUCUCUCGGCAGAGAAGCGGGGCCCAGGCCUGCCUUCUGGGCGGGAGGCAGGGAAGCAAGGAAGGAGGGAGGCCGCCAUGCAUCUGCACCAGGUGCUCACGGGCGCCGUCAACCCGGGCGACAACUGCUACUCGGUGGGCAGCGUCGAGGAGACCCCCUUCACGGCGUAUGGCUCUGGAUGUGAUAUUGUUAUCCUGGCAAACGACUUUGAAUGUGUGCAAAUUAUUCCUGGUGCUAAGCAUGGAAACAUCCAAGUCAGCUGUGUAGAGUGCUCACAACAAGGAAGGAUUGCAGCCUCGUAUGGAAACGCUGUGUGUAUUUUUGAACCCCUUGGGGUAAAUUCUCACAAGAGAAAUUGUCAACUAAAGUGUCAGUGGCUGAAAACAGGACAGUUUUUCCUCAGUUCUAUGACCUUCAACUUAGCAUGGGAUCCUCAAGGUAACCGGUUGUUGACUGCAACAGAUUAUUUGCAGUUGUGGGCCCCUCCAUCUAAUGAUAUCCUGGAAGAGGAGGAAGAAGAUGAUCCUGACACAGUGGUCAAAGAGGAUAAAGUCCAUCCUGUUCUAAAUGACUGGAAAUGUGUCUGGCAGUGCAAGACUGCAGUGUCUGUCCAUUUGAUGGAAUGGUCACCAGAUGGUGAAUAUUUUGCAACAGCUGGGAAGGAUGAUUGUCUCUUAAAAGUCUGGUAUCCAAUGACUGGCUGGAAGUCCUCUCUUUGCCCCCAAGAGAGUGAUGAACCAAGGAAAAGCUCCACACCGGUCCACUUUGCAUUUGUGUAUCUGGCACAUCCUCGAGCAGUGACAGGAUUUUCAUGGCGAAAAACUAGCAAGUUUAUGCCCAGGGGAUCUGUCUGCAAUGUACUACUUACUUCAUGCCAUGAUGGUAUUUGCCGGCUAUGGGCAGAGACAUUAUUACCUGAAGAUACUCUUCUGGGGGAGCAAAUCUGUGAAACUAGCACAUCCAGCAUUAGCAGCAGCAGCAGUUUUUCUCAUUCUAGGAGGCACAAAGAUAAUAUUCAGAAUGCUUUAGAGACAAUCCAUCAUUUAAAAAAUCUGAGGAAAGGUCAGCGAAGAUCUUCAGUACUUAUAACACGCACAGAAGAUUUACCUAAUCAGCUGGGAACACAUGAAGUUCAGCGACACAUUUCUCACCAUGCUAAUGCUCUCUGUCAUUUCCAUAUAGCAGCAAGCAUUAACCCCAAUACAGACAUUCCAGCAGCUUUGGUUAAGACAGCUUUUAAUUUAGAUGAUGGAAAUGACGGCUUUGUUGUUCAUUGGCUGAAUAAUAAAGAAUUCCAUUUUACAUCCUCCACUGAAAUUUUUAUGCAACAUCUUCGAGAACUUACUGAUCAACAUAUGGAAAAAGCAGAAGAGGAUUUUGAUGCAGAGAAAGAAGAAGAGAAAGAGAGAGGUUUACUCAUGAAACUUGAUCACGAAUUGUCUUUAGAUAGAGAAUCUGAGACUGGAACAGGAACAGGUUCCUCAGAACAUGAAGAUGGAGAAAGGGAAGGGAGCCCUAAGAUUGUUUCACCAGCUGCCUCACGCAUGCCACUUCCUACCGUCUUACUAGAUCGGAAAAUUGAAUGGCUGCUUAAAGAAUGGAACAAGAAUCCAGACAUGCUCUUCACCAUUCAUCCAGUGGAUGGUACUUUUUUAGUGUGGCAUGUGAAGUAUUUGGAUGAGUACAACCCAGGAAUCUUUCGACAAGUUCAGGUUACAUUUUCUUCUCAGAUACCAGUUGCAUUUCCAUCAGGUGAUGCAAGCUCACUUAGUAAAAACAUCUUGAUGUAUGCCUGCACUACCUCUGCAAAAGAAGUCAGCAGUGCAUCCCUGCAAAAGAGAAGUAGCAUUUCUGAUAGCAUGUCUGAAUGGAGACCAAGUUGUACCCAGGACAUUUCCAAUGUGAACAUUACUGCUGCUACAGUUAUGAUGAUUUCCAAACACAUAGAUGGCUCCCUAAACCAGUGGGCAGUUUCUUUUGCAGAUAAAUCUGCCUUUACUACUGUGCAUACUGUAACUCACAAGUUUAGGUACUGUGGGCACCGAUUUCACCUUAAUGAUCUUGCCUGCCAUUCGGUGCUGCCACUCCUGUUAACAUCUUCCCAUCACAAUGCCCUCCUAACCCCUGAAUCCAACCAGCUAUGGGAUUCUGAUGGGUUAAAUAAAAUGAUGGAUCCUAUGAGAAACUUGAAAGGUUCUUCCAGACAGCAGCUUAGAAAUGCAGCAACUCGUACAUUCCACGAUCCCAAUGCAAUCUACAGUGAACUGAUUUUAUGGCGCGUAGACCCCAUUGGACCUUUGUCAUACACUGGAGGAGUAUCAGAACUGGCUCGCAUUAAUUCUCUCCAUACCUCAGCUUUCUCUAAUGUAGCCUGGCUCCCAACCCUUAUUCCUAGCUAUUGUCUUGGUACAUACUGCAAUUCUGCCAGUGCUUGCUUUGUAGCAUCAGAUGGGAAAAAUCUGAGGUUAUACCAAGCAGUGGUGGACGCCCGGAAACUUUUGGAUGAACUGAGCGAUCCUGGAUCCUCGAAACUUAUUGGGGAAGUCUUUAACAUUGUGAGUCAGCAAUCAACAGCUCGACCAGGAUGCAUUAUUGAACUAGAUGCCAUAACUGACCAGUGUGGGUCAAACACACAGCUGCUCCAUGUCUUCCAAGAGGACUUCAUUUUGGGAUACAAACCACAUAAGGAUGAUAUCGAGCAAAAGGAGAGCGAGAUAUUUUUCCAGCCAUCUAAAGGCUACAGACCACCACCCUUCUCUGAAAAGUUUUAUCUAAUUGUAAUUGAAAAAGGCACCAAUGGUUGUUCAAUACUUCACAUGUGGCAUCUGCAUCUAAAAUCUGUGCAAGCAUUUUUGGCAAAACCUACUGAAGUUCCCUCAUCAGGCCACCAGCUUGGCGUACCUGGGCAACAGACUGCAGAUUCAUCUCCAGAUAUCUCACCUGGCACAGCUCCGAUGCCACGUUCUUCAUCCGUUGCUAAUCUUCAGACAGCCAGUAAACUUAUUUUGAGUUCUAAACUGGUCUAUAGUUAUCCCUUGGAUCUUCCACUUGGUGUAGAAGUUGUUCGAGCUACUCCCUCUGCAGGACAUCUAAGCUCCUCAUCAAUUUACCCUGUUUGCCUUGCACCAUACUUGCUGGUAACGUCCUGUUCAGAUAACAAAGUGCGAUUUUGGAGGUGUUCUGUAGAGGCAGUGGUGAACAGCAAAGGUGAAUCGAAGGAGACCUAUCUUUGGAAAAAAUGGCCCUUGAUGAACGAUGAGAGAGAAGAUGAUAGCAGCACAGUAUGCAUAGUGGGAAGACCAGUCGCUGUCAGCUGUUCCUAUACAGGGCGCUUGGCUGUGGCAUACAAACAGCCUAUACAACACAAUGGUUUUGUUUCCAAAGAAUUUUCUAUGCACGUGUGUAUAUUUGAAUGUGAAUCUACAGGAGGAUCAGAAUGGGCUUUGGAACAGACAAUAAAUCUAGAUGAUCUAGUUAAAGUUGGGAGUGUCCUUGAUUCAAGAAUUAGUGUGGACAGUAAUUUAUUUGUAUACAGUAAGUCUGAUAUAUUUUUGAACAAAGAACGAUAUCUUAUGCCAAAUAUAAAACAUUUGGUACACUUGGACUGGGUUUCCAAAGAAGAUGGUUCACAUAUACUUACAGUUGGUAUGGGUGCAAAUAUAUUCAUGUAUGGCCGACUUUCAGGCAUUGUGACUGAACAAACCAGCAGCAAAGAUGGUGUAGCUGUCAUUACUUUACCACUAGGUGGUAGCAUAAAACAAGGUAUAAAGUCCAAAUGGGUGCUAUUGAGAUCAAUAGAUUUAGUGUCUUCUGUAGAUGGCACCCCUUCAUUACCUGUGUCGCUCUCUUGGGUUAGAGAUGGAAUACUGGUAGUAGGAAUGGAUUGUGAAAUGCAUGUAUAUGCACAGUGGAAGCAUGUGAUAAAAUCAGGUGGCAAUGAAAACAAUGGGUUUCUUAGUGAAGACUCUCCCACUCAAGAUCCACUUAAGACUAGUUUUCUGGCAAAAAAACCUAGCAUCAUUGAUGGAACAGGCAUUGUGGAUGAUGUUUUUGGAACUCCCACUGUGAUCCAAGAUGGUGGCCUUUUUGAAGCUGCUCAUGUUCUUUCUCCUACUCUUCCACAGUAUCACCCAACUCAGCUAUUGGAACUGAUGGAUUUAGGUAAAGUUCGCAGAGCAAAAGCCAUUCUUUCACACUUGGUGAAAUGCAUUGCAGGGGAAGUUGCUAUUGUAAAAGAUCCCGAAGCUGGAGAUGGUGGUUCUAAACGUCAUCUUUCUCGUACUAUUAGUGUAAGUGGUAGCACCGCAAAGGAUGCAGUUACUACUGGGAAAGAUGGCACACGGGAUUACACAGAAAUAGAUUCUAUUCCUCCACUUCCACUGUAUGCUCUGCUUGCAGCAGAUCAAGAUUCCACAUACAAAACUGAGGAAGCAACUAAAAGGCCACAGGGCCCAGAGGCUCAUGGUAAAAGGAAAACAGAGGAUCAUUAUUCGGACCUUUUUCAGGUUCAGCAGGUGACAACUGAUGACUUCAUCGAUUUUGAGCCAGAAAGAAGAGAGCAUAAAUCCAAAGUAAUCAAUCUGUCUCAGUAUGGUCCCACUUACUUUGGGCAAGAACAUGCUAGUGUCCUUUCAAGCCAUCUAAUGCACUCAAGUUUACCAGGACUCACUCGCCUAGAACAAAUGUUUUUGGUUGCCUUGGCAGACACUGUGGCUACAACAACCACUGAACUUGAUGAAAACAGAGAUAAGCAUUACUCAGGGAGAGACACUUUAGAUGAAUGUGGCUUAAGGUACUUAUUAGCUAUGCGUUUACACACAUGCCUUCUGACAUCACUCCCACCUUUAUAUCGUGUGCAGCUACUCCAUCAAGGUGUUUCUACUUGCCACUUUGCCUGGGCUUUUCAUUCUGAGGCAGAAGAAGAGUUAAUCAACAUAAUUCCUGCAAUUCAACGAGGGGAUCCCCAGUGGUCUGAACUAAGAGCUAUGGGUAUAGGCUGGUGGGUUAGAAAUAUUAACACGCUCCGAAGGUGCAUGGAAAAGGUUGCAAAAGCAGCCUUUCAGAGAAACAAUGAUGCUUUGGAUGCUGCCCUUUUUUACCUUGCAAUGAAGAAGAAGGCAGUAGUGUGGGGUCUGUUUCGUUCUCAGCAUGAUGAAAAAAUGACACAGUUCUUCAGCCAUAAUUUCAGUGAAGAUAGAUGGCGCAAAGCAGCUUUGAAAAAUGCUUUUGCUUUGCUAGGAAAGCAACGCUUUGAACAGUCGGCUGCCUUUUUCUUAUUAGCUGGAUCAUUAAAGGAUGCUAUAGAGGUGUGUCUUGAGAAAAUGGAAGAUAUCCAAUUAGCAAUGAUUAUUGCUCGCUUAUAUGAAUCGGAGUUUGAAAUAUCCUCCACCUAUACAGCCAUCCUUUAUGAAAAGAUUUUAGGUUGUGAGAAAGAUGGAACAGGAUUCAGCUGUACUAAACUGCACCCAGAUCCUUUCCUGAGAAGCCUUGCCUACUGGGUCAUGAAAGAGUACACUAGAGCACUUGACACUUUACUGGAACAAACACCAAAGGAAGAUGAUGAAACCCCAGUCAUUGUCAAAUCCUGUAAUCCUGUGGUGUUCAGUUUCUACAACUACCUUCGUACCCACCCCUUGCUCAUCCGAAGGAAUUUUUGCUCACCCGAUGGGACUUUAGCUACUUUAGGGCUGCAAACAGAGAAAAGCUUUGUGGACCAAAUCAAUCUCAUUGAGAGAAAGCUGUUUUUCACUACUGCAAAUGCUCAUUUUAAAGUGGGGUGUCCUGUUUUAGCUCUUGAAGUUCUGUCCAAACUUCCCAAAAUAAGUAGCAAAUCCAGUAUUUUUAUCAAGAAAGAGGAAGCAAGCCCAAGUCCUACUAUGCAAAAUGGUGUGAAAUUGGAGCCAAAGACAUCAGGUGAAGUCAGUGAUCUAGACUGGUCACAGCCAAUAACAAUUACAUCAGAUUUGCUAAGUUAUACAGAUGCCUCUUCCCUGAUUGAUUGGAGCAAGCCAGCCAUAACAUUUGAGGAUGAGCCUCUUAAACUUGAUUGGGAGGAUGACAAAAGUGGUUCACAGGAAGAUGAAGAUGGUUUGCAAAUGAAAGAUUCAAUGUUGGAACCAGACAGUAAAAAACAAGAUGAAAAAAGCUCUGACAUCAGUCAGAGUGAGGAUGUGGAGACGGGUGAAACUGAAGUUGAUGUGAUUGCCGAACAGCUAAAAUUCAGAGCAUGUCUGAAAAUCCUCAUGACGGAACUGAGAACUUUGGCUACUGGUUAUGAAGUUGAUGGUGGGAAACUCCGCUUUGAGCUUUACAACUGGCUGGAAAAAGAAAUUGCUGCUUUGCAUGAAAUAUGCAACCAUGAAGCACGUGGCAAAGACUAUUGUAAAACUGAUGUCAAAAUAAAUGGGGACUUGAUUGAUCAUGAAGAAGUGAUGGAUAAGACAGAAAUUGGCUCAUAUGAGCGGCAUCAAAUUGAACGACGCAGAUUGCAAGCUAAGCGUGAACAUGCUGAACGACGCAAGUGGUGGCUACAGAAGAAUCAAGCACUUUUAAGGGUUUUCCUGAGCUAUUGUAGCCUUCAUGGAGCUCAAGGUGGUGGUCUUGCAUCUGUGAGAAUGGAGUUGAAGUUCCUGUUGCAAGAGUCACAGCAAGAAACUACAGUCAAGCAGCUUCAGUCACCCCUUCCAUUACCCACAACUCUACCCUUACUCUCUGCAAGCAUUGCUUCCACCAAGACAGUUAUAGCCAAUCCAGUAUUGUACUUAAACAACCACAUUCAUGAUAUUCUUCAUACUAUCGUGCAGAUGAAGACACCACCACAUCCUAAUAUUGAAGAUGUAAAGGUACAUACUCUCUAUUCAUUAGCUGCUUCCCUCUCUGCAUCUAUUUACCAAGCAUUGUGUGACAGCCACAGCUACAGCACCCAGACAGAAACAAAUCAGUUUACAGGAAUGGUUUAUCAGGGGCUUUUGCUGAGUGACCGCCGUAGGUUGAGGACAGAAAGCAUUGAAGAACAUGCUACUCCAAAUUCAUUGCCUGCCCAGUGGCCUGGUGUGAGCUCACUUAUAAACCUCUUAAGUACAGCUCAGGAUGAAGACCAACCAAAGCUAAACAUCUUGCUGUGCGAAGCAGUCAUAGCUGUCUACCUAAGUCUUUUGAUACAUGCUCUUGCUGCUAAUUCCUGCAAUGAAUUGUUUCGACUUGCUGCUCAUCCUCUAAACAAUCGAAUGUGGGCUGCUGUCUUUGGAGGAGGAGCAAAGCUUGUAAUAAAACCAAGGCGACAGUCAGAAAAUAUUCCAGUAGCUGAUCCUGUUUCUGAUGAUACAGAGGACAUUAAUGAAGCUCCUCCAAUUCCUUCAGAAGAAAUGGAUAAGCAUCGUCGUAGAUUCAACAUGAGGAUGUUGGUGCCAGGAAGACCUGUGAAAGACAGCGUUGUCCCUCCCCCUGUGCCUGCAGAAAGACCGUCUUACAAAGAAAAAUUCAUCCCACCAGAGCUCAGCAUGUUAGACUAUUUUGUUGCAAAGCCAUUCCUUCCUUUUUCAGACAGUGGUGUGAUAUAUGAUUCUGAUGAAAGCAUCCAUAGUGAAGAUGAAGAUGAUGAUGCUUUCCUUUCUGAUAUGCAGAUCCUGGAACACAAGGAUGCCAAUUCUUACAGCUGGGCUCUUAUCCAUUUGGCAAUGGUAAAACUUGCUCUGCACAAUGUGAAGACCUUUUUCCCCAUUGCUGGUUUAGAAAUAUCUGAUCUUCCAGUUACGUCGCCAUUGGGUAUUGCAGUGAUAAAAAGUUUUGAAAAUUGGGAACAGAUCCUGCAAGAAAGAAUGGACCAGUUUGAAGGACCACCACCAAAUUACAUCAAUACCUGUUUUCCUGAAUCUGGAAUAGGAGCUGGAGCAGCUGCUGCCAGAAUAAAAGCGAUGGUUGAUCCAGAAAACACGCCAUUCAAAUCAAAAGAUUAUUCUGCAAUGCCUGCAAAGAGACUCUGGCAUUUUCUAGUGAAGCAGGAGUUGCUGCAAGAUACUUUUAUUCGGUACACAUUUACAAAGAAGAGGAAGCAAAGCGAGUCCAUAGAAGAUCGUGCGGAGCAGGUCAUACAAAACAGCAUAGCAGAAGACAAAAACAAGGUUGAAGCAGAACUUGGCUAUCCUGGGGGAAGGGCAAAAAUUAUUCACAAGGAAUCAGAUAUGAUAAUGGCAUUUGCAAUUAAUAAGGCAAAUAUCAAUGAAAUAGUUUUAGCUUCUACACAUGAUGUUCAAGAACUGGAUGUUUCUACUCUCUUGGCUGCACAGUCAUAUAUAUGGAUUGGAGAAGAGUAUGACAGAGAAUCUAAAAGUUCAGAUGAUAUUGAUUUCCGUGGUUCCACUACAACACUCACGCAGUCUAGCACAGCAUCUUUUACAGUGGCUCAAAUGCAGCCAACUUCAUCAUCAAUGCCAUGGUUAGGCAGUGGGCAGACUAGUACAGGAGCAGGUGUGCUCAUCAAGCGGAAUUUGAAUAAUGUGAAAAGAAUGACUUCUCAUCCAGUCCAUCAGUAUUACCUUACAGGUGCUCAGGAUGGUAGCGUUCGAAUGUUUGAAUGGACAAGACCACAGCAGUUGGUGUGCUUUCGUCAAGCAGGAAAUGCAAGGGUUACUAGAUUGUAUUUUAAUUCUCAGGGCAACAAGUGUGGCGUAGCUGACGGAGAGGGAUUCUUAAGUAUUUGGCAAGUAAACCAAACUGCAUCCAAUCCUAAACCCUAUUUGAGCUGGCAGUGCCACAGCAAAACCACAAGUGACUUUGCAUUUAUUACCUCUUCAAGUCUGGUGGCAACUUCAGGGCAGUCAAAUGACAACAGAAAUGUGUGUUUGUGGGAUACCUUGGUGUCGCCAUCUAAUAGCCUCAUACAUGCCUUCACUUGUCAUGAUCAUGGUGCUACAGUGCUUCAGUAUGCACCGAAGCACCAACUACUGAUUUCUGGAGGCAGGAAAGGAUGUAUUUCCAUCUUUGACAUCAGACAGAGGCAAGCCCUUCAUACUUUCCAAGCUCAUGAUUCUUCAGUCAAGGCCCUUGUCCUCGACUCCUCUGAAGAAUGUUUUUGUACAGGUUCUGCAGAAGGCAAUGUGAAGGUGUGGAGAUUGACAGGCUACGGUUUAAUCCAUUCAUUUAAGCAUGAACAUGCCAAGCAAUCUAUCUUCCGAAACCUGAGCAGUGGAGUCAUGCAGAUUGACAUGACGCAAGGCAAUCGCAUCUUCUCCUGUGGAGCGGAUGGCACACUGAAGAUGCGGGUUUUACCCAAUGCUUUCAAUAUUCCUUCAAGCCUUUGUGACAUUCUGUAGGCUUUGCUGCUGCUGUUCCUUUAUAACCAGGUUUACGUUCUGGGAGAACUGUUAAGUGCUGUAAUGAGCAUUUAAGAAGGAAUGCUACCAUACUUUGCUAUUAGUGUAGUUUAUUACAGCACUUUAAUGCUAUAGUUGAGUCACAAAAAGACCACUGUUUUGACCUUUUUAAAAACAACACACACAACAUUUGUAUUGUUUUGAGCACUGCAUCUAUGGAUUGAUGGGAUGGAAGUGCAUGUUCUAUAUUCAGAUUUCACAUCCCGGCAGUGUGAUAGCUGGGCCUGUGCUCUCUGACCCAUGAAGCAGUUGCAGCAAAUUACCUAAAGUAAGCUAUUUUUAUGUACUUUGGGGAUAUUCUUCCAAUUUUUGCCACUAAUGUGAAGCAUGUUUGCAUUUUUUUCCUCCAUUUUCAAAAUAAUUCUCUAUAAUGAAGGAUAUUCCAAGUGAGCGUGGUUUUAUGUUUAUUAUCAUUGUUAUUGUUAUUAUUUAUUUAUUUAUUGUUAUUAUUAUUAUUUUGGGUCACAACCACUAUGACUUUGUGAUGACCACCCAAUCAGUGGACCAAUGUGCAAUGAGGAAUGUACUGUGGGCUAAUGUGUACAUUAUUUUGAUGCUGGGAUCCUUUCCCCCUCCUCCCUGGUUAGUAUUAAUGCACAGUCAGUGAUGAAGUUGCACAGAAGCACAUUUCUCAGAACCUGUGGAACUUUGCUUAAAAAUGCAUACUGUUUGUGCUUUUAAAAAAAAGUCUGUUUGAGCAGCAGGCAUUUUGAAAUGCAUGGGGCUGCCAUUGAAAAUGGAAGCCUGGUGUUCUGUUCCCUCUUCUUUCAAUAAUACCACAACUUACUCCUAUCCUGAUAUCCUCACUUGGUGCAUUUCUUCAUCUCCUUCUCCAUAUUUAAUCAAGACAUGUAAUGACAGUGUGAUAACUAAACAUUAUAGAAGGAAGGAGAGGAUCAAACCAGGACUUUCAUUUUCAUCAGUGGCUCCAUGUGUUUCAUAAUAACAAAUUCCACUCUUUGAAACCCCCCUCCCUUUAAUUUGACUCCUGCUUUUGCAUUAGGAAUGUGUCAUUUGUAGUGAACACAAACCUAUUUUAUUCAUCCUUUGAGGAGUUUUUAAUUUUAAUUUUAUUUAGAGAAAACAGAACAGUCACUAAAGCUAUAGAAGAAGCUACUGAUAGACCCAUACAAUGGCACAUUUCAGAUGAAUGUCAGGCUUACAUGUGGCCAGCUAGUAAUUAGUUGACAAAACUGGUAAUCUAAACUGUUUCCGCAGCAUAUUGUAUAAACUAUGCAGAGGUCAGUAUUGUUUGCUUGUAAUAUACCAGCUAUCGUUCGUCAUCUUUAGAUGUAUUUUUCCCUGUUGUAAACAGGAAGACCCACUCAGUAAGAUAACAGAGCUGAUGUCUGUGUAUUUAAAUGUUAACAAAUUGUAUUUUUCUUUUUCCUUCAGUGAGAAUAUUGAUGUUGUAUUGUAAAAGGGGAGGAAGAAAUGCUGAGAUAAAAUGCACCUUUGUCCAAAGGCAAUGUUUAAUUGCAAGCUAUGAAGUAUGUGUAUGAGGAGAAAGCAAAUGUCAUUUGUUAGUUUUACCUUUGUAACUUAAAUAAAUUGCUUUUAUUUCACUGAA